ACAAAUAACAUUUGACGAGCCUUCAAACGUAGACGUGUCUCGUUCUCAAAACGCGUGUGUUCUUUAAAACUUAUUUCAUAAAUAUUCCAACUAAGGACACCAAACUCCAUACUUAAUAAACGAAAAGUUUACGUGUUUUGUUGAACAAUCCAAUAAAAAAUAUAUAUAAAGUGAGUUCCUCUAAAAAGGACAAUAAAACUAAAAAAAGUUAAUAUAAAAUAAGCAAAAAUUAAUGAUCAUGAAAUCCAUUGUAUUUGCUGCUCUUUGCUGUAUGACUGUUGUAACGGCUCAACGUGGUAUUCCACCACCACGUGGAAAUUCUUUCGAUGCCAAUGCUGUGAUACUUAAACAGGAUUUUAAUUUGAAUCCAGAUGGUUCAUACAACUACAAUUAUGAAACUAGCAAUGGAAUACGUGCUGAUGAAGCUGGUUAUCUUAAGAAUGCGGGCAAUCCUCAAUUAGAAGCUCAGGUAAUGCAAGGUUCUUACUCUUACACCGGACCUGAUGGUGUCGUAUAUACCAUCACCUAUAUUGCCGAUGAGAAUGGUUUCCGUGCUGAAGGUGCUCACAUUCCAACUCCACCACCAGUAGCUGCUCCCGGUGGUCCCAGAGGUAGAUUCUUCUAAUAAAUACGUUAAAACUUAAUGUAUUUCUAAAACAGCAUAAAAGAAAUAUUAACAAAGGAAACAGUGUACUUCCAAGCAAAACAAGAGAUUAACUAAUACACAUUAUUAAACGGCAAAUAGUUGGCAACUAUUACAAAAUAUAAAUCAUGUGGCAACGCUAAUAAUAAAACACAUUCUUACACAUAUCAAGCACACCGACACAAGAUGAAAGAAAAAUCCCAAAUACAACUGCACACACAUAUGGACAUGUAUACAGCAACACAUUCACUUAUACAUCACAGAGUUGUAUUAUUCCAUAAAAUUUGUUAAUAAUUUUACAUUUAAAUGAGCCCACAUUUACCGUUACCAACUCUUAUGAUAACCUAUACACACUUUACGCUAUAUUUCCUCCUAUACUCCUUUUUGUGUAACCUUUUUAAUCCUUUCCAUGACAGUAAUUCUGAGAGUAUAACUCUCUCUCUCUUUCCCUUUUUAUGGUAUUUAUAUUUAUGUUUUACUUAUUCUAUACACUCUUCAAUGUUUAUUGUGAUCGUAUUUCUUUCUAUUCAUUUUCAUACACUUUGUUUAUAACAUUUUCAUACGUUUUAUUAUUUUAUUUAAGAGAAAAAGAGAAGCUAAAUAAAUUUAACAAUUUAUUAUCAA